AUGGAUACCAAUCAAGAGUCCCCGCCGGCGGGUCCACCAGCCACGUCUGACUCAGCGGGAAUCGCGGCUGGUGCUCCUGCGGCUAGUGACCCUCCUGUGGCUGGUGCUCCUCCUGCCCCGGCUGAGUCAGCGUUCCAGCCGCGGACUGUUCGACUGCGGCUCAUUGUCAAGGAACCAAGACCAGAAGGCGCCUUUGAGAAUCCACCUCCACCUCCCUCUCUUCCUCAACCUCCCCGUCGCCCUCGUGGAAGACCGAAGAAAAAAGGUCCUCCUACACGUUCCAAGAACGCAAAUCGCAAGACUCCUAUUCAGAAAGCCUCUCAGAAAGCCCCUCAGCAGCGGCCUGCAGCCGCUACCCGAAAACCGCCCAUGGCACACGGCGCGGAGGACUGCGCGACAGUCCUUGAACAGUUUGUGCACGAUGCGGCCAACUUGCCCCUUGAGAUCAAUCACCUGAUGGAGGAAAUUCAAGCCAAAGAUAAGGUCAUGCAAGAUUGCCGAGCCACGAUCAACUCCAAGGAUGGCAGCAUCCAGAAAUUCAUUAAGGCGAACGGCAGUCUCGCGCCGAACCCCAAGGAGGAGCAGUACAACAAGGCAGUGCUUGAGAGCUAUGACCGGGCCAUACAGCUACAGGAUGAGAAGAUCCAGCUGAGCGACAAAGCAUGCGUGCUCUUGGAUCGCCAAAUCAAACGCCUGGAUAUGCGCCUCCGCGAUCUUGUCAACGACGGCGUGCUCCCUAAUGAUCCGCCUCUCCCUUCACUCUUCGACAACAAAAACCAAUACCGCGAUCCACCCAAGGUGUUCUUCCCGGACUCUACACCCUCCGAAUCCCCCUCCUACGCUACUCCGCUCAACACUUCGUCCGGAAACGCCAAUCUUAUCCUUGCUGCAGCCCAGCGUCUGAACCAGGCUAGCGCGAGGGCUCCAGGUCCAGCCGCUCUUGCUGCACAAGGAGGUGCUCGCAGCUCUGCACCUGCAACUCCCGCUGCAACUACAGCUGUCCACCUUCAGCAGCGCCAACGCGAGUCUUCCGCCGGUGCAGUGGACUCUAAACGCCGCCGACUGAUGAAUGCCUCCCUAGGCACACUUCCCGCGGCCUCAUCCAACCUGCGCCAGUCCUCCAUGGGUCCCGGAACGCCCAAAGCUGGCACUCCUGCUGGCAGCCGCGCAGGCAGUGUUGGACCGCGCGCAGCCACCGUUAAAAAGGCAUUGACCAAGAAGGUUGCGCCGCACCAACAGGUCAAGAAGAUCAAGGCCUCUGCAUCCAGCAAGCACACCAAGCGCUCAUCCAGCGCCAGCGGCCGUGUCAAGGCAUCCAAGAAGUCUCCCACUGGCGAGGGAGAUGAAGACGACGACUCCAUGCUCAGUAGUGCUGACAUGUCGGACUCGGACAAGAGCGAUGUCGCCGACGGUGAUGAGGAUAUGGAUGAUGACGAAGAAGAGGACGAGGGUGUCGAGGACACCAAAGUGUACUGCACCUGCCGCACUGUCAGCCACGGUGACAUGGUAGCAUGCGACAACGACAGUUGUCCCUACGAGUGGUUCCACUGGAAGUGUGUGGGACUGACUCGUGAGCCAGUCGGUACGUGGUACUGUGAUGAGUGCCGGAAGACCCUUGGGAAGUAA